AUGAUGAAAGACGACACUAUCCUUGCCAAGCAAGCCUACCUAGGCAUUUCUGUUUCCCGGCAAAAAAUGAGAGAUAUCUUUACCUGCGUAGAAUGGCUGGUAGCGUUCAUUCGCAACAUGAAGUCUCAAAAAUCAGCGAACCAUUCUGAGUGCGUCAUUCUUGCACUUGGCGGAGAGCUGCUUGAAUCCAAAAUUUUGGUUGAGACGCUUGAAGCUGCUAGGAAAUUAAACUCAGAGGAGCUUGACACUGCAUUUGGGCUAAUAUCGAACCUGUCAACUGAAUCUGCCGCCAUACUUGACGAAAUCCGAGAAUUGAUACGCACAAAGAAAUCUAAAGGCGUACUACGUUCUCAACAUGACGCACAGCUAACGAGGCAUAAUACUACUAUUGUCGGCCAAAGAGUGAAGCUGACGAAAGGGAAAGCGAAGCUUUCAAAUGAGGAAUUGAAAUACAGUGAAUUGGUGGACCGACUGUGUGACUCUAUACAGAAUUACCUUGCCGAGAAACUGAUCAAUCCCAAGGAUCUUUUCCUGCAUGAGUGCUUGAUAUUCGAUUUUAAGUCUCCCGUUCGAAAUACAUUUACUCCUAAGUGUCGGCACACAGUUGAACGAGCACUGUCUCACCCGUUUGACUAUCUGGACUCGAAGGAAGGUGGGGAGAUAGAAACCCUGUCGGCAGGCCAGCCACCAAUAUCUAUUCUCUAUCAGCUCUACCUUGAAUCCGGCGCUGUGGUCAACGUUUAUGACUUAUGGAGAGCAUUCUAUGCAAUUCUUGGCGGAGAGGACGCGGAUAGGUGUGACGAGCGCGUGGCAUUCUCAAUAUUUUACCAGUCCCUGGCAGAACUGAAGAUGAUGGGAAUGGCAAGAAUAAGCAGGAAGAAGACGGACCAUCUGGCAAAGUCUGCUUGGACAGGCUUGUAA